AAUUCUUUCAUCUUUUGACCUGAGUGAGAUAGGAUUCGAGACAUGCAAGACGAUUCGUUCGUCUUGCAUAUGUUUACUGAAAAUCUUAUAACGUAGCCCACAUUACUUACUAUUAAUAAAGGUGGUCGUUUCGAUAUCAAAAAUGGGGGAGCCACAGCAGGUCAGUGCUCUUCCACCUCCACCUAUGCAGUACAUCAAAGAGUACACUGAUGAGAAUGUGCGAAAAGGGCUGGCCCCCAAACCUCCACCUCCCAUUCGAGACAGUUACAUGAUGUUUGGUAACCAUUUCCAGUGUGAUGAUCUGAUUAUUCGACCCUUGGAGAGCCAGGGCAUUGAGCGCCUACACCCAAUGCAGUUUGACCAUAAAAGAGAGCUGAAGAAAUUAAACAUGUCUAUUUUGGUGAACUUUCUCGACCUUCUGGACAUCCUUAUCAAAAGCCCUGGCAGCAUUAAACGAGAGGAAAAGCUUGAGGACAUGAAACUCCUUUUUGUCCAUAUGCAUCAUCUCAUUAACGAGUACCGGCCGCACCAGGCCAGGGAGACACUUCGGGUCAUGAUGGAGGUACAGAAGAGACAAAGGCUGGAGACAGCUGAGCGUUUCCAGAAGCACCUUGAGCGGGUGGUGGAGAUGAUCCAGGGGUGUCUUGCUUCACUGCCUGAUGAUUUGACACAGCCAAACAGCUCUAGUGUGAUGGAAGCUGGUGGUGCAGGCUCUGCUGGUGCAUCUAGACUAAAAACCGAGCCUAUGGAUGUAGAUGACGCAGGAGUUAGUUGCAUGGUUGUGCAAACGGACAAAAAUGUGCCCUCAAAGCGGGACAAAGUGUGUGAUAAGGAUGCUGCAAUGUGCAGUAUUAUUGAUGAAAUGACUUGAGGUGUCUGGGGAUAUUUGUUUUGUUUGUUUUUAUGGUCUUUGGGAAAAUGCCAGUUCUUCUUUGUUACAAAACUAACUUUGCAUAGGCAGCCCACAAAGACCAACCAUGGAGAUUAGUACUGUUUACACAGUUGUAAGCUUAUAGUCAAAGUAAAUGUUAAAUAAAGAAAAGUGUGACUUACUUUUUAUUUUCA